GCCUCACUAUUCAUUCCAUUUCAACGGCGGCAGAAACAGAAAUAACGGUUGAACAAUGGCGAAGAGUGUCGGUGGUGCGUGCGCGCAAAUCGCGGUCCUUUUGGCCAUAUUCUGCAGUGCAUCGGCCCUGUCGAAACGGGAUACCUACGAGCUCCUGGACACCAAGCUCCCAGUCGUCGAUACCUAUGGAGUAGUGCCUCUUGCGACGGACCAGCUGCACCGCCAAAGGCGGGCCCUUUCGGUGGAUGCCAAGGCGAUUGCCAAGCUCGAGCCCGCCAAUGCCACUGCGGAGGUGGGAGCAGCGGUUGCUGCGGCUGGAGGAGGAGCUGCUGCCGCCGCCGAGACGACGGUGACCACGGUGGACAACAAGGCAGCUGCAGGAGGCAGUGUUUCCUACAACGUUCACAAUGUCGGAGUCAAUGGCACCGGGCAGCGAAAGACUUACAGCGAAGUGGCUGCAGCUGCGGCGGCGACAGUCGACUCAAGCACCACCAACCCCAACAUCAAUGUGGCCCCCAAGAAGCAGACCCAGUUGACCCAGUCCAGCUAUCCCAAGAAGGUGGCCCCAUCCGUCUUGGCCGCCGUCCCCAGCAGCACGGAUCGCUCGCCGGCCAGCAUCGAUGUCGAUGUGUCCAAGGUGGACGUGCCCGACGAGGAGAUCGAGCAGUCGUGGAAGAACGAAUCGCUGGUGCGCAGCGAGGACUUCCACGACUACUACAACAGCGUGCUCUACGUCAACAAGGAGGAGAUGGCCUCGCUGUGGGCCCAACUCAAGACGACGCCCGAGAACACCAUGCUAUCCUCCUCCCACCGACGCGCCAUGACCGUUGAGCUCAAGUUCGACUUCCCCUUCUACGGCCACUAUGUGCGCAACAUUACGGUGGCCACCGGCGGAUUUCUCUACACCGGCGAGUACGUCCACUCUUGGCUGGCGGCCACCCAGUACAUCGCCCCCCUCAUGGCUAACUUUGACACCAGCAUGUCCAACGACUCGUUUGUCCGAGUCCAAGACAACGGAACCGCCUUCGUCGCCGUGUGGGAGAAUGUGACGCUGCAGGAUAAGCCGGAUUUCGGCAAGUUCUCGUUCAGCGUGACGCUGCACCAGAGCGGCGACAUCGUCUUCGCCUACCUGCAGGUACCGACGCUCAUCAAUUCCAUUCAGGACAAGGAGCAUCCGGUCAAGGUUGGCCUCUCCGACGCCUACAUCAUCGACAAGCACCUCUACUUUGCCCGCCGAAAGACAAUCUACGAGUACCACCGAGUCACCUUCCAGCAGGGGGAGAUCACCAACUCCACCAUCAUCAAGCUGGCCGCCCAGCCCACCUGCCUUGGCUACAGUGACUGCAAUGCGUGCAUCAACCACAACACAACGUUUACGUGCCUCUGGUGCUCGGCCCUGAAUCGCUGCUCCACGGGCACCGACCGCAAGAAGCAUGAGUGGAUCCAGAAGGGCUGUGAGACUGCCGCCAUUCGUGUGAAUAGUUCUUGUCCGGCGCUCGGCGAGAAGGGCAACAAUGCCGCCCAGAUGAAGAACGGCGCCGCGAACAGUGGUGCCGGCAGUGUGAUAAGCGCCUCCACGGCGGCCACCGGCUCCUCGGGAGCACCGGUGACGGAGCCCAAUGUGAUCAGCACGCGGGCACCGCACGCCACCGGCCAAGCGAAGCCGGAUGCGGAGGCCGCCAGUGGCGUCCACACGGACGGCAAAAUCGGAAACGCCGAGCUUUCGCACGCGGAGGCGGAAAACAAGAACGUGGGCGUGGCCUUUGGCUUCAUGGUGCCCAUCUGCCUGGUGUUCGCCGUAACGCUGUGGCUCUUCUACGCGUACCGCAAUCCGCACACCAAGAGCGGCCAGCUGCUCAUCCAGUCCAAGCAUUUACAUCAGUUCCGUCCCAGCCAGUGGUCAUGGAGGCGUGGCGAGGCCCGCUACACGGCGGCCACGAUACACAUGUAGGGGGUGAUCGCCGGAGACGUCAGAGGGGUACAGAGAUCGCGAGACGUGGGAGGGAGCUGCAGCUAAAUAUACCGACGAAGAACCAACCAACCAACCUACCAAUUGAACCCCAAAUCCCGAUCCCUGAUGGAGCAGUGUCGAGAACUAAAGGGAACUGAGAAGCAAUUAUCGCCAUCAAAUACGAUUUUUCACCACAUGGAUUACCUUAACCAACCGAGCAAAGUGCCAAUCGCAGAUCCUAUCUAUAAUGUGAUGUUCCAUGUCCACACGUCAAACUCGAAAAAAUAGAAAAAUAGAGAUUUUGAACUGAUUGUUGAGAUUUAGCUCAGACCGCUGCCGAAACUGAAAACAAAAGCAAUCUAGAUGUGUAGACUUCCCGAGUCCCAGUCCCCCGAAAACUGCUCAAAACAACAGAAACAAAAAGAAAGAAAAAAAUAUAUAACAAAAAACAAAACUAAAAAAGACGACUGGCAACAGCAUGAAGUGAUCUGAUCUGUUAAUGUAUCUUUUUACCUUUUUACCGUAUCGCCUGCCCCAAAAAAAAAGAGAAGAAAGGAGAAAUACCCCCGAAGACAACUACAUAUAUUGUAUAACUACGCUCAGACCAACGGCUCCCACCAGGCCACGCACACACACCUAAUACCUAACCUAAAGCACCUUUAACACACGCAACACACAACACACACAACAUACACACACACACACCGCGGACACAGGGCAAAGUGCUUUCAAUUGUUUCAUAGUUCAAUUUUUUUAGGGUUUUUAUCUUACUCUGUACUCUGUACUAUCUACCAACUAUCCACUAUCAACAAGCUGGAAAAAAAGAAAGAAGGAAAAACCGAGGAAGGGCUGUAUAUUUUUUGUGUGCGUGCGCGUUUUGCUGGACUCUUCGCCAAAAGUUCUUCCUCAGUCUGUGUAAUUUUUUUUUGUUUGUUCUCGUUUGUUUUAUUUUAAGUGUGUGUAGCUCUUGGCAAACAAUUACGGGAUAAAUGUAUUACUGUGAACACUCGGCGCAGUUUUUCAUACUGUAUUAUACGCGAUUUGUAUGAAAGUUUUAUGUGUGUAUAUGCGUGCACGGAAAUCACAUUUGUUUGCGAGCACGCAUGGCCCUUAUAUUAUAUAUAUAUAUGUAUACAGAUACUUUAUAUAUACAUGAAGUAUACAUGGAUAUAUCCAAGACAACCUCUUCUUUUUGUUAGUAUUUUUUUCUAUUAAUUAAUAUUACAAAUGAAACAAAAGAAACCAAGAAAAUAAACUUAUAUUAAUGAAUAUAAAACUAUAACUAAAUGCGGUGUGCAAAGCUAAACUAAAAACGAAAAACUAAAAACAUAAUUAACUAAGUAAGGGAGAUUGGAACAAGGAGAGGAGAUUAAAAUAUGUAAUAUCAAUAAAAUCAAACAGAUUAAACAGAACAAAAAUGAACCCCAAGCAUGCAAGCGACAACAACUAAGAAAAUUGUAUAACAAUGUAUUUUGAUAAAGAAAUGAAACUUGUAUUUUAAGCUCUUCUUAUGUAUACAUGAUAAUUUAAAUAAAAAGAAAAAAAACAUACUCGAAAAUGAA